UCCGCCAGUACAGCUAUACGUGACAAGGAACAUGUACCUGAAAAACAGACCACCCGAAAAGAAAAGUCAGUAUGCCCAUGUGUGUGAAAUUUGUAAAAUUGGCUGCACAUCUGCUAUUCAGUUAGAUGAACACUUUAAAGGAAUGAAACAUCGGCUAAGAGAAGACUUGAUAACAAGUUCUGGAGAUCCACUUACCAGGAAAAGAAGCAGGUCCUCAUCAAAAUCCAGUGAUCUCCAAUACUCAUCCUAUAAAGAUUACAAUAGCUAUCCUGAUCAUGCUCGCAGUAGUGAGCAUGCCUCAUCUAGCUUUGAUAAAUCUCCCAGAAGAAGCUUAUCGAGACACAGUUACACAGACCGCCAUUUGUGGAAAAAAAGAAAAAUAUCUUCAAGAGAUGAGCUUAUCGGAGAUGAAGAUAAAUCUCCCAGAAGAAGCUUAUCAUCGAGACAUAGUUACACAGGCCGCAGUACGUGGAAAAAACGAAAAAUAUCGUCAAAAGAUAAGCGUAUCAGAGAUGAAGAGCACCGUUUCCAGAAACAAAGCAAAUCGCCAACACACAGUGAUGAUACACACCGUGCCAAGGAGGAACCUGAAGAUGAAUAUUCUGCUAUUCCUGCAUCUUGCGACUCUUCCGAAUCUGAAGACUCCCCUUGCGGUCCAGGACCAGAAAAAAAGAAAAGACCAGAGGAGGACAUUAAUAAGGCGGAGAUCUGUCUGCCAGAAGACAGUGAUGGUGAUGAGGACUAUAAAAUGUCAUUAUUACCACUGCAAAGCAAAGAAGAAGUGUUACUUUUUUUGAAAAACUUUGAGAUAGCAGAUAAUUCAGAUGUGGAAUUCCUUACAAAUGUGACACAGUUUUUUUCCAAGGCUGUAAAGAUGUAUUGGACAGAUGCUCAUGGUAACAAGGAACAUAACAAGGCUGAUCUCAUUACUGAAAAAGAAAGCUCCAGAGGCCAAACAUAUGAUGUGAAUACUGAAGUGGAUAAUCCAUUAACGGAGAAUGAAAUCAUGGGAUGCCUAACAGCCGAAGCAGCCAGCAGUGAUGAUGAGGGUUGAUAAUGAAUAUAAGCAGAUCCUGUCAAUGCAUAUGCACACGAUUAUAUUUUGUUAAGAUUUCCUCUAGAAGUUUAACAUGGAUAUCUGUCCAAUCCAUGUAAACACCCCCCCAUGUUUGGGGGGUGUUCCCACAGAAAAGAAAAGAGGAAAUAUUCAACUGUCACUGAUCCUACUGAAUAAAAAUACCUUUGUAAUUGAACUGUUUUUAGGUCUCAGUGAGGAAGCAUGCCCCGAGUACUUGCCAUAGUCAUAAAACAGAUGGUUUUGGAGAUAAUUACCUAAAAGGUGUUUGGUAAUUUUAUAAUUUGUCUUGUUUUUUCCCCCUAUUUAGAAACUCUGCAAACUCAUUUGGUAAUUUGGUUUCCAGUGAACUUUUACACUGCGGCUCCUUAAACUCUUAAUAUGGUGAAAUAAAGAUCUUUGUCCCGGUUUUUGACAGGCCCACAUAGAGAUCUUGCAUUACUUUAGGUGUAUAAGAUAUAAAUAGUCUGUUGUGCUUAACAAACACCAAACAUAAAUUGAAUGGAGUUAAACAAAUUAAGUGUAUCACUUAUGGUAAGAAUACGUUUCCAGCAUUUGAUGAAUAAACCCUGCAGUGUUUAAUAUAAAGUUGUGCGCUGAAUUUAAGUUGCUUGGUUUAACAGUGGUUAUAUGUGUUUCUUUGGCUAGGUAGGUUGUCGAUUUUGUUACAAUAAGAAAUAUUUUAUAGGUCUUAAUUUACAUUUUUAUGAAAAUGGCAAUCAUUUAACCCCUUAAGCAUCAUGGCUAUUUUACACCUACCAGAUAGGAGCAAACUUUAGUGUUUUUCUGUGUGUUUAUUCAAUCUCAGUGUUUCCUUUUAUUUAGUAUGCCCACACAAAUUUAUACUUUAAUUUGAAACCAAAUGGAUAUGUGAGUCUUUAGUUGCAGUUGCUAUCUUUUAUUUGGUCAAUUUAAAGGUGCUGUUGCAUUUAGGUGACCUCUUGAAAUAUCUCCAGAUAAGCUUUCUGGCCUCGAAGGUCUUUUUUUUCUCUCUCUGAGUAUGUAUAUAUUUUAACAAUUGUUUUGUACUAAUAAAAAAGUAAUAU